AUGCGGCCUACGGUUGAGAGCGGCGGCAGCAGAAAGAAAGCCGCCAUGCGGCCUACAGCUGCUGGGAGCACCCCCCCCCCCAUGGCGAGCGGUGUGGCAGAUGAGCCCACGCACCCACACCACACUUCCGCAGGGAGAAAAGGGGCAGAGGCCACAAAUGCUGAAAAGAGGCCGCUGCCUGCUGAACCAAAAGCCGCCAUGCGGCCCACUGCCAGGGUGCCCACCACCCUCUCGGGCCCGGCGACACGCCCCCCCAGUGAGCAGCGGCAGCGGAGGGGCCUUACACCCCCUCCCCAGCGCCAGCGCCACUGA